CAUUUGUGGUUGAUGACAUAGAGUCCAUCUUUGAGGAGCAUCGAAUCUGCAGCAGCAUCAACCUCUGCCAGAUCCUACAGACAGUGCAAGACAAGGGCCUGUUCGUCACGGAUGAGAACAAGUUCAUCUUCACCAGUGUUCUGGUUGGGCACAAGGCCGCAGCUCGCUUCAAGAUCCGCAAUGUGGACAAAGUCCCCUGUGAUGUGGUCUUCUCCAUCAAACCCAUCCCUGGUAGUAAGCUUAACAGCCGCAUUAGCGAAGUUUUCAAGGUGGAUCCUGUUCGGAUGUGCGUGCCCAGCUGCUCCCACGCCUUUGCUACGGUGACCUUCACUCCGCAAGCGAUGCAGAACUACCAGUGCACUUUUGAGGCUUCCCUUGAUGUCCAGACAAGCCCUGCAGCAAUUCACGCACAGAGCCUGGCUUUCGACAUCAGCGGAGACGGGAAUCUGCCUCAGGUGACGGUCCUGCGCCCGGCCCUUCGCAGCAGGAGAGGGACCCCUCUGCUCCUCUUCAGGAAGCUGCUGCUGGGUGAUUCGGAAAAACUCCCUCUGGUCCUUCAUAACGGUGGCAUCGUCCCUGUCCAGUUGAUGAUAGACCUGUUGGAUGAAGGGGGAGUUUUCUUCUUGCAAGCCAAGCCCACCACACACUGCAUCUACCAAGCUGCGGGCAUGGAGGGGAACUCUUCUGGAGAAGGGAGAAAGCCCCACACCGCUUCCCUGGUCCUGCAUCACAAGGAAUCAGCAGAGUUUGAUGUGCUUUUCAAACCCACCCUGGCCCAACGUGUGGAAGGGAAGAUCCGCCUGUCAGUGGUGGACAACCCCUAUGAAGAGACCAAUAUUCAGCUGGUGGGUGAAGGCUACAAGGAUGACUUCACGCUAGAUAACAUCCGUGGACUGGUGGCAGACAGCAAGGAGGAGGACGCUGAGGGUGAUCUGGAGGAGGACACAGUUGAGGCUAUCAGAGUGGAUCACAUCCAGUUUGGGGACUGUCACAUCGGGACACCCUACCCUGUGAAAUUCACCAUCACCAAUCGCAGCAGCGUGGAUGCGAUGCGGUUCGAGUGGCUGGCAGAGUCCCCGUUUCACUUCUCCCCGCAGGUGGGACACCUCCAUGCUGGCUGUGCUAAGGACAUCACAGUGACUUUGAAAUCGGAUGUCGCAGUUGCCUUCAAAAUGCACCCUGUGAAGUGCAGGGUGGCUAGGAUCGCCUUCCAGCUGCCUCCAGAGCAGGUCACCGACUGGGACGACUGCCUGCGCACUGUCACGUGGGUGGACACAACGAGGGACCCAGCAGCGAAGUGGCCUGCCAAGAAGAAGGUGAUCGAGACAGAACCAGAACCGGCUCACACCGUCCUGGAGAAGAGCGGCCGCGAGGUAGAGCUUCGCCUCAGCGCCAUCGUUGACUAUGCCGAGUUCAAGCUGGACACGGACGUGAUUCAGUUCAAGGAGACCUUGCUCUUCCAGACGAGGACGUUCACUUUCCAGCUGUCCAAUAGCGGGAACGUGGCCCUGGAAUACACCUGGAUGACAGCUGUGGAGGAUGAAAGGGCAGAAACCCCUUUCAUCCUGGCUGGGAAGCAGCUCCUACCUAGCCAGAAUGAGUGCUCCUUCUCCCCCACUUCUGGUGCCUUUGUGAAGACGCAGCCUAGAGAGGUGGGCCACGCUCUGGAGCGGGUCCCUUCCUCCCAGAGCUCUUCUCUGAACAUCAUCAGUGUCACCCCGCUGUUCUCCAUCGAGCCCUGCAGUGGCACCAUCCCUGCCAGCCAGGAGCAGCUCUUCCAGAUGAAGUUCUCUCCGGUGUACGUGGGAGACUUUGAGAGCCGUAUGCUCUGCAGUAUCCCUAACCUGGGGCCAAAUCAGAAGGGCCCAGAGGUGGUUGUGAAGGGGAGAAGCCUGAUGCCAACCUGCCACUUUGAGCUGGAAGACUCAGACUACAUCACUGCAAACAGGCGCCGCUCAGAGCUGCAGGGACCAAAGGGGAUGUCGUUAGAUUUCAACACAAGAGUGGUGGAGUUUGCGGCAGUUGGAGUGUGCGGCAGGAACAGCAGGACCUUCAUGGUUGUGAACCCAACCAGUUCUGCAUAUUCCUUCCAGUGGACUUGCCAAGACCCCGAAGCCCCACCAGAGCAGGUGGCUUUCUUCUGCCUCACUGAGAGAGGGCAGAUCCAGCCAGGGAAGAAAGCAGAGGUGAAGUUUGAAUUCACCCCCCGGCACCUGGACAUCACAGAAUCAUUCUGGGUCUUUACAAUCCCUGAGCAGAGCAUUUCAAUCCCGUUCCUCUUGGUGGGCAACACCACCGAACCGCUAGUGACUCUGGACAGAUCCUACCUGAACCUCCACUUGCUGUUAAUCGGGCACAAAGUGCACCACACUAUCUAUAUGAUCAACAAUGAGAAGGAAGCCUUCAGCUUUGCUUUCAGAGAGAGCACUCUCUUCUCAGAGGGAUGCAAUGCCUCCAUGAAAAUAGAGCCCCUGAAAGGCUCCAUCGCUCCUCUUUCAAGGUUUCCCAUUACAGUCAGCUUUACACCAACACUAGAAGGAGAGGUGGUCUUCAAACUCAAAUGUGAUGUCAAGAGGAAGACUCAGCCUCUCUUGUUGAAUAUCAAGGCCACCGGGUACAGCAUGAACGUGUCUGUCAAGUGUGAGGACAGUGACGGCUGUGCCACUGAGCUCGGUGCACAAAAGGUCAACGUCAUUGAUUUCAAGGAGGUACACCUGAACGAGAUCAUCACACGCACCUUCACUAUCUGCAAUAAUGGCAAGUUCAGCUUCACCUUCUCGUGGGAGCUGAGUGGCCCCGCAGCCCGUAAGCAGCUCCUCACCAUUACCCCUCAGAGGGGCAGCGUGCAGGCAGAGACAAAAGCAGAGACCCAGCUGAUUUUUCACUCACAGAAGAUGUGCUCUUUAAAGGGUGUAGAGCUGACACUGCAGAUCAGCAAGGGUCCCACCUUUACCUGCACAUUCCUGGCCACCUUGGUAGUGCCCACUCUUCACUUCUCUACCACCAAACUCAACUUUGGAGCCUGCUUCAUCUACCACACCGGGAUGACACCUGCCCAGCAGACCCUUGUCAUCACAAACAAGGCAGACAAGGAUGUCAGCUUGAACUGCUUGUUCACCAACACCACGCACCUGGAGGUGGACUUCAGAGGGGGCAUCCUACACCCAGGAGGGACAGUGGAGGUGCCAAUCAUUUUCUGUCCCAGAGAGGUUGCGUCUUACCAUGAGCUCGUGCCUUUUGAAAUCAACGGUCUUUGCCAGCAGACUGUUGAGGUCCAAGGAAGGGGCAUAGAAAUGAAGGUUGACGUUGUGGAACCACAGGGAAAGGUGGUGAAGCUGGGAGCCCUCUCCAUCGGACAGACAGUGAAGAAAACUGUCACCAUAGCAAACAACAGUGUUGCCCCUCUCACUUUUAAGCUCAGUCUCAUGUCCACCACACCAGAACUGCAAGAAGCUGGGGUUCUCUGCUUGAACCCCACCAGUGAACUGAGUCUGAAGCCCAAAGGAGAUACCUGUAAAGUGGAGGUGACCUUCUCCCCGAAGUGCCGCAUCCAGCCGUUCACCGCAGAAGUGAUGUUGGAGUGCGACAGCCUGGUGCGCUUGCUCUUCGUGGUGCAGGGCUCCUGUCAGGGUGUCCGUGUCAGCUUGGACCACGAACACCUCAGCUUUGGGGCAGUGGUGCAGCAGAGCUACACAUCCCAGCGCAUCAUCAUGCAGAACACGGGCGACAUUGGAGUCAAGUUUAAGUGGGACAUCAAGAGCUUCAAGCCAGAUUUCUCCAUCAGCCCUGCAAAGGGUUACAUCUCCCCAGGAAUGGAUGUCCCCUUCACUGUGACUUUCCACCCCUCUAAGCUGAGCCAUGCUAUCCAGUACGAGGACCUGCAAUGCUCCAUCCAGGGCAGUGAGCCGCUCCGGCUCACGCUGACAGGAUGCUGCAUGGAGACCCCUGAGAUCAAAGAGAUACUGACUUUCGCUUGCAAUGUGCGUGAGGAGCACAGCCAGAUCAUCCUCCUGUCCAACCUGAGCAAUGAGGCCUGGACUGUGCGUCCAGUCAUUAAGGGGAAACACUGGGAAGGCCCUGAAUGUUUCCACCUAGAAGCCAAUCAACAAAACAAGCCCUACAAGGUCACUUACAAACCCCUGACCAUGACCUCUGAGGAGAAUCAUCAUCAGGGCUCCAUCUUCUUUCCGUUGCCACAUGGGACAGACUUGUACUACCUCCUGCAAGGUUCUGCUGAGACCCCAAAGUGUUCAGGGACCAUUUUCCGGAAGGUACCAUGUAGGACUCCCUACACUGAGGUCAUCCCUGUCUCCAACUGGCUGAACAGGCCACAGAGGUUCCUUGUGAUAGUGGACAUACUCAAACCAGAAAACCUGGAGAGCAGUUCUGUGCUGCAGGGGCUGGAGUACAUUGAUGUGCCGAGCUCUGCCAGGAAGGACUACAAGCUCACGUUCCACUCCUACAAGGAAGGAGUCUUUAACACGAUGGUGACUUUCCUCAAUGAGGUGACCAAGGAGUACUUGUUCUACAUGGUGACUUUCAAGGCCACCACUCUGGGACCCAUCAGCACUGUUGAAAUGAGCACUGCUGUUCGACAGAGAGCAUUAUCCACCAUUGAGGUGGACAACCCUCUGCCUGUCCCAGUUACAUUUGCCAUAGAAUGCAAAGUGCCCGAUAUCAACGUUCCCUCACAUUUCACUGUUCCUGCGGAGUCAGAG